UCCUUGAAUUGAAUGGUCCGAUAAAAGAGACAUAAUGGUAGUCUUAGCUCCAAUGCGAUCCAGAGCCACGCAUUUCAGUCAUUUUUGGUUUGUUAUGUUCCAACAGAUGCCAAAGUCACCCUUGGAUCGAUUUGUCCCCGAUGUCAGGAACGACGGAUUCAAACCUUUGAAGUGGCUUUGAACUCAUCCGCGUUUGAAGACGUGUACCACACGCUUUGUACCUCGUGUUGCCAUCCACUGGAGAAUAAGACCCUGAGAGUUUCCUUCAUCGGAGCCUCGCCCUUUAUUGUCUAUUCCGAACCGGUUUCCGGGGUGGACUUGAGAAUCAUAGAGAUCCUGGCGGGAAAGUUCAAAUUCAAUUACACCCUGCACGCGGAACUCUCCCACGGACAGAGAGAUGGCAGUGGGCGUUGGGCAGGCAUGGUGGAGAGUGUGCGAACGGGACGGUCAGACAUGGGUAUCGGACUUCCCACCAUUUCAUUGGACCGCGCUCAGGUGGUUCAUUUCACGGCGAUGAUCUACCCGCUGGAAUAUGGCUAUGCCAGUCCCAUGCCCAAGCCCAAAGACCCGGUAUAUCGGGUGGUCAGUGUUUUUGAGAACACCGUUUGGACUUUGUUAAUUCUAGCCUUCUUGACCGUAUGCUUGACAUUCCUUGGCAUCCAUUACACAUAUGCGAGUAGCAAUUUGCACAAGUAUCGUGCCAGAUCGGAACCAUCAUCAAGGAUGACUUUGACAUACUACUAUUUGAAGCACGAGCGAAGUUCCAGCGACUACUUUAUGACUCCUUUGGCCGUUCUCACGUGUCAAGUGGCUCAAAUUCCGUUUCCUCGUGGAGCCUCAUCUUGCUUGACCUUUCUCAAUUGGCUCUUGAUGGCGGCACUCAUCUCUAACUUCUACCGCAGCACUCUCUUGGCUCAUCUCGUUUCUGUGGAGUUGAACAAUCCAAUUCAAGUCACCCAGGAUCUCUUGGACUAUGACAAGCCCAUGUACGUACCCAAUGGGUCGCAGUUGGUUUCCUUGUUUGAGAAUUCUCCCAAUCCUGCGCAUGUGCGUGUCAUUGCCAAAACGAAAGAGAACCACCAUCUGUACACCCUUGAAAACGGACAACUUCCCUUAUGGGUUCAAGAUGACAUCCAAAGCAAAUCUGGAGCAUUUGUGACCUUUCGGCAAGCGGAUUUGACCAAUUACGUGUUCAGUCGAGAGAUCGUUUACAUGGCUCGAACAGGAUUUAUGGUUCACUCCGCGCAUACUUGGAAGUCAGAUUUCGAUCCCAUUUUGGAAGUUAUCAAGUCGUCGGGAUUGUUGUCCAAGUUUGCCCAGGAAUUUGCCGUUCAACCACCAAGAAAAGACAAUACAGCGGACAAUGAGCUCGUUCAACCCUUGGCUUUCGAACACGUCCAAGGAGUUUUCUCAGUGUGGAUCGCCGGUCUCGGAUUGGCCAUGGUUGUUUUUGUACUUGAAAGGUUUGGUCGAUUGUACGAUUGCUACUGAGGUUUCAAUCAUUCGAGGCACGGCUUUUUUCAUACCAUGAAGCAUAGGACUGCACACAAACGCUAUUAAUGUUGUAUGGGGAAUCUUUUAGAAGGCUACACUUAGUUUGGAAGAAAUAUUGAAAAAUAUAAUGAUUGAGCAUCCCAUGUUGGACAAACCUGUCAAUGUCAACCCAAUAUCCCUAUACAGGUAUUGACCGAAAGUUGAAUAACAAAAUCUAGUUGUUAACCAGGGUUGAAACUUUGAUCAAUCUACUACACAGAUCAAUUCUUACCGCCAUCGUUGCUCGAUUUGCUCGAUUGAGAGUGGUAGCCCUAUUUACAAUAAGGGGCAGUUUCUUUGGGCGCUUCUAC